UAUGGAAACCAGUCAAACCACCCUCCCUGCCCACUAGAAAUCUGCAGAGAGUCAGCAAAGCGUGGCCAGGAUUCUCCUCCCAGCUCUCCUUUGCUCUCGCUGCAGCAUCCACGGGGAAAAGGAAGUUACCAGAUCAGGCAGAGUUUGCAAAUGCCAAAGGUUAUUCUUAGGUGUUUGCCAUUAACUGCUGCCCUUGACCUUUAACUCCAGGGCUGGGGGGGGUCUGGAGCAUCCUGUAAGGGGCAUGAAGGGUCUCUCCAUUUGUGCCAUGGCAUAGAUGGAGCCGGUUUUGGGCAGCCUGUACGGACCCAGGUUUUUGACAGGUGAGGUCGGGGGGUCCGUCACCCACCAGUGCUUCUACUCCAUCACACCCGCCAACAAACACGACCGGAAAUUUUGGUGCAAAAUAGCGGAGAACGGAGCUUGCUACACCAUCGUCUCCUCGACCGACCCCACCUCCCGGGAGUACGAGGGGCGGCUGUUCCUGCGGGACAUCCCCCAGAACGGCACCUUCACGGUGACAAUGACAGGGCUGAAGGGCAGCGACACCGGGAGGUACCGAUGUGGCAUCGGCCCCACCAGGGGGGGCCUCUACGUCAGCCUGAACCUGACGGUUUCGGCAGCUGUUCAUAAAUGCAAAAGGGAAUUCUCCCCUACCUGGCUGCGUGCUGGACAGUCCCUGUCCUGCUCUCUCCCUGCAGAUGCCGGCGUGUCGAGGCCGAUCCAGGUCGUCCAAGGGAAGCUCCAUGGCUCUGUCACAGUCCUGUGCCCCUCUGGGGACACCCGAAGUGGUGGGAGGAGGUUCUGGUGCAAAGUGGGAAGAACCAGCUGCACUCUCCUAGCCGACUCCGAUGGCUACGUGGGAAGGAGAUACCACGGGCGCAUCUUCAUCACCCCCCGGGGGAGCUCUGGAGCUUUCAAAGUCUUGAUAAAUGACUUAAUAAAGGAAGACUCAGGGCUGUACAGGUGUGGGGUGGAAGGGCUGAAUGGUUUGGACAGCCCACAGGAGGUGGCUCUGCAGGUGACCACAGCCUCCGCUCUUCCCAGGAGACCCAAAUUUCUCAGCGGCACAGUCGGAGGCUCCCUGUCCUUCCAGUGCCACUAUGACCCCAAGGGGAGCUACGAGAGGAAGUAUUUGUGCAGGUGGGAGGAAGGGAGCUGCUCUCUGCUCCUGGACACCGCCGGGUUUGUGCACGAGUCCUACAGAGGGAGAGUACAAACAACCAGCAGCGACCCCGAGCACGGGACGUUCACAGUGGUGAUGAGCCAGCUGAGAGAGGAGGACUCAGGAUGGUACUGGUGCAGGGCUGCCAGUGGGCACACGGAGCACACGUCCUCUGUGAAGCUGCACAUCCACAGGGAACUCUGCUCUUCACAAGACCCGGAGACAACCACUCCUGUCAAGUCCACUUCAUCAAGCCCGGUUGCCUCCAGCACACCCACACAGAGGAGCAUCACAGGCUGGGUGUACACGAUGGGCACUGUCACCAAGAGCACCACAAUGGGCACUGUCACCAAGAGCACCACAAUGGGCACUGUCACCAAGAGCACCACAGUGGGCACUGUCACCAAGAGCACCACGAUGGGCACUGUCACCAAGAGCACCACAGUGGGCAUUGUCACCAGGACAACCAGGACCCUGCUGCCCACUGCCACCCCUGGCACCUCUGGAACCUCCCCAGGUGAAAGCUAUCACGAGAGCUCAUCAGGUGAAUCCCAUCUGCUCCCAGCUGUGCUCCCAGCUCUUGCUUUGCUGAUUUGCAUCGCUGUCACUGUUCUCGCCCUGGUCAAAAUAAAACUUCAAAAGAAGGCAGGAGGAGAAAGAAGCACCACUGGAAGCCCAGAGGCAGCGACGGCUCAGGCUGGUCCAAGUCCUGUAAAAGAGGAAACAGUGGGGGAAACCUCAAGUCCAGGAAAAGUGCAGGAAUGCAAGAUGGACUCUGGCAAAUGUAGGAAAAUCUAUGCUAUCCUUGGAAGAUUCAGGAUCACCAACUUAUAUCUACCCUACGGGGGAAAAAUGCUUUUCAAGGUGACUGAUGAAGAAUUGAUCCAGAACCUUCUAUGAAAGCCCCCGUGCACACGAGCUGGGAAUUUUCCCUAUGGAAAACUAAGGCAGGGCUCUGAACUGCCAGGCACCCAGAACCCUUCUUUGCUCCCUACCCUGCUCAGAACCCAAAUGCCCUUUGUUGAGAGCUGAAUCCCAAAUGGCACUUGCUACGUGUUUUGCAGAGCAGAGAAUAAAACAAAGCACCUCUAACCUGGCUCUCUGUGGGCAACUCUGACUUGCAGAGGCAGAGAAUCCCAAGGGAAAAGUAAUGGAAGGGAAGGACCCUCAGGGUUACUCAGUGAGAGUCAAAAAAAUCAGAGAAUCACAGACUGGUUUGGGUUGGAAGGGACCUUAAAGCUCAUU